CUGGCGGAGAGAACACCCAACUGUUGCUGGAGGGACAAGGCUGUUGCACUUCAUGUUCUCAAAGCACUUGCUGCUGUGGGGUUCACGAGCACCACAGUGACAACAAAAAAAGUCUCCACCAGCCUGCUUAGGCAACAACUGAGCUACAUGAACGUUUUGGUUUCGUCCUUUUGCUUAUUUCCAGCCGCACAGUUCCUCGCCCCGAGCGUUCUGGUACCUAUGGGACACAGUGAGAAGCUUGUUCAGGCACGUCACUGCAUGGCGAAUCAGGAAAAACACAGCGGUGUUCAGACCAGCCUGAAGGCUCUGUCUUUUUUCAGUGCAUCAAAGAAUUUUUUGCUAACAAGCAGAUAAAAAAAUGAAGUGAAGGUUAUAAUAUUCUUUGAGAAAAUACAUGAGAAAGUAGCAACCAAUGAACUAUAAGGGGGUCAUUCAAUGUUUAUUUACUUCUUUACCUUGCUUUAGACAAAGAUGGGAUUUUCUAAGAUAAGAACGUAAUAACAAUUCUAAUAAUAAUAAUAAUGACUUGUUACCUCAAUAUGUGGACGUUUGGGAUGCAACUGUUGACAUUAUUUUUGUGUCUUUUUGUUUCCUCGCUCUGCUGUGAAGACACUGUAAUGACGCACAACAUUGAGCCGGUUGUGGGGGGAAUUGACAGAAUCAUCAUUUUGGAACACCAAAUAAUGUUGAGUCUCUGUCGUGAAUACAGUGGCCAAGUCAGUGCAUCUGUUUUUUUUCUUAAUAUCUAUGUAUGUAUGUCUUCCAUGUUUCAGAGUUAGCUAGAGUUUCUUCAGCGAGGCAGCCAUUCUGCAAGCUUUAGCAAAAAGCAACCUGUAAACACGACAACUAACAUUUGUAUUUGAAUGUCAAGCCACUGCAUGAGACUGGAUAUUGAUGAAAAAAAAACAGGGCCCCUUUAAAUCACCGUGACAAUAGAACUCCUCAUGAAACUGUAAUUCCAGACUUGGACAAUAGAUAUUCCCACUUCUUGAAUGAGUGAAGUAUUUCUUGGCGCGUGAGCAUCAUGUUUGACUUGCAUCAAUUACACCUGCACCAGUACUGAUGAAUUACCACUGUUUUAUUUCACCCCUUGAGGCAAAGCAGAAGGUGUGUUCUCCUCCGGACUCAAGUCACUGUCGCCCCUGCAGAGUGACUGCGGGGCUCAGCACGGCUGGUGAGGAUGCAGCGUGAGCCUGCGCACUCCGCCGGCAGAGGAUCUUCAUCAUGUGCCUCUCCUCAGGACUCGCGGAGAAGACUCCCACCGACACAGACCCCUGAUGGCCCACAUGCAGUCGUGAGCACCCAACCUGAGGUCCUGUCCAAACCAUGACUUAGAGGGGGCGAGAUCGAGUCAAGACCCAGUUUUAUUUCCGGCAAGCGUCACAUCCCAGGGCGUGAAAGUGAAACCAUUCGCCUACGUGUAGCUACAGAAGGCGUCUCUGUUUCACUCAGCUGGAUGUCUGCAUGGAGAGGCCACCUAUAUCCAUAUUCACAACGUCCUGCAAAGCUGCACGAGCACUGGCACACACUGGGGGAGGCGUGCACUCGACUGAGCCGCUUGACUGAACAGUGGCAAGUGCUUCCAUCGUGACAGUUUGUCUUCAUCACUGAGAUAACAGCUUGAUGCCUCGUUCAGUAUAUUUACAGUCCACACAGCCCUGUUCUCGUGGCCUCCCUGCUGGGUUCUUUCACGCACACACACAGGUGAGCGUGCUGGUACGGGUGUGUACACAGCAGCAUUAUCUAUAGCCACUUGUGAGUUUCCUUCUUGACCCCAACUGGAGGCAGAAACUUGCCGUCUGAUUCAUGAUCGCUCGGGCAGCGAGCUCCUUGCAUAACUUUGCAUCAAUAAAUGUUUUGCUUCCACUGCAGGGACGCUGUGCGCUUUGACUCCAGCAAACAGAAGCGUAUUAGCACGUGUUUUUAGGACGGUUGUGCACUUGAAUAUAUUUGCAUUCAAUAGUAUUUUCUGCAUUAAGUGAUGCUCAAAAAUAACACUGUAAGGAACCGUACGAACCGGACGCCACGUGCGUGUGGUUUGUGGAGAACAGUGAGACUCGGAUGCAGAAUUAAAGUGAAGCCAUAUAAUGAACGCAAAAACAUGGACAAUAAACAGGCACGAGGGAGAAGCGAGGGCGACCAUUGGUUGUCUAAUUUCUGCUGCCUCUCAUCAAGAAAGUUCAGGGUUUGGCUCCAGCGAGGGACCGUUCUGGGUGGCGUUUGUAUGUUGUGCCUGUGUGGCUACUCCGCUUUCCUCCCACAGGCCACCGACACUCUAAAAAUGGUGGUUAACUGCAGGUGUGUGUCACGUGUUCUCCGAUCACAUUUGCAUAUGACUCAUCAGUAGCCUAGCGGUUAGCGUGUAUCGCUGUGAAGCGAUUUCUGACAGACCCAAAACUUUUGAGAAUUUUUUUCCUCAAGAAUCUAGGAAUGAGGAAGGGCCCCUUUUCUCACGCAGGGAAAAAGAGGGGAACAGGGCGGGUGCUGGAGCAUCACUAGUGGUGUAUCAGUGCGUGCCACACCGCCUCAGGAACGCAGCCUUCCUCAUAUUGUUGAGAAAAAAAUGGACCGUGUCCCCUGGAAUUUAUUUUACAGCUCCACUAGUGAAGAAGAAGGAGCUCAUUCGAAGGCAGAGUUCAAAGAGCCCUCAGCUGGAGACUGAACUGAGCUCAUAUUAAAUAUACUCAGCGAUGCUUUUAAGACUCAAAUAGUCAGAUGCCGUCCUUGUACAUGAUUCUAUUUCACAGAUGAGAAGAUGAGUAUCCCGGCAUGUUUCCUCCACAUCCUCUUCUCAGCCUGACAACCCGUUAGAUGCUCCAGCUCUCGCAGGACCUGCCUGAUUAUCUCUGCUGUCACUCAUCUGUUUCAGCUCCUUCCUGUGGCUUGUGGGAGCCGCUGGCGUGACCUGCGCCUCUCAAUAACUCGCGCACCUGCCAUCAGGUUGGAAGGGUGCGAUAUCGCUUUCUUUGGGGAACAGGAGCUGUGGUUGUGGGCUGCCACUCAGCUGCUCCGCCUGCUGCUGAGCUGUAUUGUCUUGUGGUUUAAUCAACCAAAACUGCAAGUUCCUAUGUGUUCCUUUAAGAUUCUAGUUUGAACAGAUGACAGUCACUUGAUGGGUGGAUCGGCUCCCGCUCCCAGAGCUUCAGGGUGAGGUACGGUCUCAUGGGCGACUGACUGACUUUCUGGCUGCAGUUAAAACGGCUCAGAUACCUCAGAGCUUAGCUUGUAACCUGCUCAGCCGUCCCGCAGCUUUGUACGCGGGCAGUCAUGUGACAGCCUUCAGGGACUUGGCCGCGCUGUUGUGGACCGAGGAAACCAGGAAGCUGUAAAAGAAAAGCUGAUGUAAGACCUGGAGUGGAAACAAAUGAUCCCACCUCUGCUGUCAGGGACAUUUUGUUUACCAGUCUUCAGUUUCCUUCCUCCACAAGCUCACAAUCUCUUGUUUGCUGCAGUCAGUUCCAGGCAACACGUUUCACUGUCGAACACAUGGUUAGAAGAAUCAGAAGAUGUGAUUGUUUCAUUGCAGGAUGAGAUCUGACUGUGGCUAAAAACAGUGCUGACGUUGCUCUGAAAUCUGACAGCAGGUCGAGUGAUUUGCAAACAGAAAUGCCAUUCAGGAGAUCUGUCAUUCACCCAUCUGGGUCUUUUGUAGCUCAAGAUGGCUGAACCAUCUUGGCAAAUGCAAAGCCCCAGAAUGACUGGCAACACUGGAGGAAGUUCAGCUGGAGACCACCUGAGCCAGCCUGACACCAUCAUGGGAGCUCAUCACCAGCCGAAAGCUAUGAGGACCGAGAGGCGCUGAUGGAGGCUGACCGCUUGGUGCCGAGCCCCGCCCCCACCCUCUGGGCCCAGCCAGAGGGAGAGGCCCUCCUCCCGGAGCAGAGGGGAUAUUCUCCCGGCGGCUUGCCCUCAUGGGUUCAGCCCUACUCCCUCGGCUUUCAGGCGUCCCUCUCCUCCUUCCUCAUGCUGGAGCUGGUCCUGGGUUUCAGCAGCAACUUGACUGUGCUGGUGCUCUACUGCUCUCAAGCCAAUCUGGUGGAGUCGGUGAGCAACAUGGUCACCGUGAACCUGCACGUUCUGGACGUGGCCGUGUGCCUGCUGUGUUUGCCCCUGACCCUGGUGGUGGUGCUGCUGCCGCCGGCGCCGAACAUGGCGCUGCUCUGCUGCUUCCACGAGGCCGGUGUUACGUUUGCUAGCAUCGCGACCGCCGUCAACAUCCUGGUUAUCAGUCUGGACCGUUAUGACAUUUCCAUUCGACCCGCAAACCGAGUGCUGACCACGCGCAGGGCCCUUCUCCUGCUCGCGGCUGUGUGGGUCACCUCCGUUGCUGUGUUCUUCAUCCCAGUCGCGGAGCUGCAGCUGUCCAGCAGUGGAGCGGAGGAGACGCCGGCCUGGCGUAACAGAACGGUGCUGUGCCUCGGCGGCCAGGGCGGCCACGCCCCCCCGGGAAUGUACUACCACCUCAUCCUUCAGGUGCCCAUCUUCUUCACCACUGUGGCAGUCAUGCUCUUCACAUACUCCAAGAUCCUGCGAGCGCUGAACAUUCGCAUCGGGACGCACAUGAAGAAGAACCAGAGGUUCAAAGGCCCGAAAAAACACAGGAAGAAGAUGAGUGUAGACCAGACAACCCACAGUCGAGAGUCAGAAGGAGAGCGCUGUGCUGCGGAUGGGACCAAGCGCCUGAGCCACCCGCCUCUGAUACCGUCUCCGUCUCCUACUCCGACAGCGACCUCCCCGCCGGCGCUGCCGUCCUCUGCCCCACUGAUCACCGCCUCAGUCUCCGCCAUCAUCGCCCUCCGGAGAGCCGUGCGGCGGCACAGGGAUCGGCGGGAGCGGCAGCGGCGGGUGUUCAGAAUGUCCCUCAUCAUCAUCGCUACGUUCCUAGGCUGCUGGGCCCCGCUGUCCAUCACCAACGUGCUGAUUUUGGGCAUUGGCCCCACUGAGGCCCUGGUCAGCACGCGCCUCUGGUUCUUGGCGCUGGCCUACGGCACCACCGUCUCACACCCUCUGCUUUACGCUUUCACCAGACAGAAGUUACGGCGCGCCCUUCGAUCGAAGGUGAAGAAGAGGGUGGUCUCCCUACUGCAGGUUGAUCCGUCGCCGGGGGCAACUGUCAUACACAACUCAUGGGUGGAGAAUCGAAAAACCUGCCGGCAGGUUCGUCUGGGGGCCAGUGACGGCACGGACCGAUGCCAGGCCGAGGCUCUCUGAGACCACAGUCACAUGACGGCACAGCCAUUUGCUUCCUGUCAAACAUGGAGAGGUUUGGAGGCGUCUCUCUUCAGUUGAGCCGACUCACGUCCUCCUGAGGCUCCAAGGCAGCCUGUGCAGUUUAAUGCCAAAUGGAGUUUUUCACUUUUGCGACACGGCUUUCAGUGUUAGAUGAAACAGAAAGGGUGCCGCUGAUAGAUUUGUAUUUGGAGAUUUCAGGUUGAAUCUUCUUUGAUUUGACAGCAUCAACAACGCUGAUUUCUGUGGUUCCUAAAUUGAGACAUGUGGACCAGUUAGUUAAGAAUAUUCAUGGGUGAAAGAGGGGAAUAAUAAUUCAUAAUAGAGAGAGCAUUUGCUAAUAAUAAGGAAAGUAAAUAAACUCGUGUCCGUAAGUGUUAGAUGUCACAACUGAGUUGUUUUAUGAAUGUAUCAGUUAUUUAUGUCUCAAAGUUUGAUUUAUGGCCGAUGUGCCGUUCUUCUGUAAAUGUAAAUAGGGUCGUUGGAUCACGUUAUUUCAAUUGUGCAUGUGAUGCUUUGACGGUGUUUCUGGUUUUUAUGCCUCAAAAACGGAGCUUCGACGUGACGACAAAUGAAGCUUGAAAAUGUGACUGACUGUGAUUCCUACAUCACAAUAACUGAAUGUUAACGCACCCUGAUCUAUCUAUCUAUUGAAUAUGAUUUUUCUGA